AUGGAUGUACUGAAGUAUCAUCAAAGUAACGAUACAAAGAGCAUCAAUUAUCUCUUUGUAAACUUUCCUUAUGAUCUCAGACAUAUAUAUAUUUUUUAUGGAUUAUUGUUUUUCAUCAAUGAAAAAACUAAUUAAUUUCUAUUCUAAAAAUAUUAAACAAAAAAUAAAUGCUUUUAAACUAGAUUCAUUUGUUGGUUUCACUCAUUAAUUUUUUAAUUAUCAUUUCUUAGUUACUAGAUUAAAAUUAAAAGAAUCAGAUUAUAAAAAAAUUUUCUGGUUUUGAAAAACAACUUUAUUGCUCAAUUCAUUAGAAUAAUCAAAACUAAAGGAAUAUUAAUAUAAUAUAGAGUCUUUCCUCUCUCAUUGAUAAGCACUCCAAUGUAUGGAUCUAAUUAUUUCGAAGCUAAUAAUCAUUUUCAAAAAUAUUUAAAUAUCAUUCCUUACUUUAAUAAUAAAAUAACUAAUCUAGCUUUAUCCUUUGUUAUUAAUAUUACUGCAAAAUUAGUAUUCUAUCCUUUGGAAAAAUUGAGAACCAAAAAAUAUAAUUUAAUCUCUUAAACUAUCAAAAACAUAUUUUAAUCAAAUAUCUGA